AUGCAUGGAACAAGGGAAAGGGGAAUCAAAUCGACUACUACUGUCCAAGUCACAAAAGUUGUUGACCAACACACAUGUUGUGCAACAAACUUGGAGUCUAAUCAUCGACAAUCAAAGAAAAAGUUACUCGACCACUUUAUUGCUGAAGUAUUGGCUAGAGAUUAUAAUAGAGUUUAUCGAGGUAAUGAAAUUGUGAGGGACAUCAAUUCGAAAUUUCCAAUCAAUAUCUCAUACCAACAGCAUAAUCCAGGAACUGUUACUCAGAUAAGAACAGAUGAUGAUGAUCGGUUUGAGUUCGUGUAUAUCACGCUGGGUUGCUCAGUACAAGCGUUCAUCAAAUAUUGUAGGUCGACCCUAAUAAUUGAUGGUGGUCACCUAAAUGGUGAAUUCAAGGGUACGAUGUCACUCGCAGUGACAAUGGACGGUCAAAACCAAAUCAUGCCUGUUGCUUAUGCCAUAUGCAAAAGUGAAUGUACGGAGACAUGGUCUUGGUUCCUUCGAAAACUACGUGAAUGUAUAGGAAACGUGGAAGACCUUACAUUCAUAUCUGAUAGGGCUCCAUCCAUAGUAAAUGAUUGUGUAUGGGAAUACCUACAAAACAUCAAUCCAAAAAGAUGGGCCAGAGCACAUUUUCCUGGGAAUCGGUAUUUUCUUAUGACAUCAAAUAGUGCGGAGUCGAUAAAUUCAAUGUCAAGAUUUGCAAGAAAGAUGCCAAUAUUGAUGUUGAUUGAGUAUUUUCGUGCAACAAUGCAACAAUGGAGUUUUCAGAAACGUAAUGUUGCAGCUGAAGCAAAAACAAUACUCACCCCAUGGGCUGAAACGAUUAUACAAGCAAAUAAGAAUGCUUGUAAUAAUUGGAUGGUGCGGUGGCAAAUAGAUGGCUUACCUUGUGGCCAUGUCAUAAAAGUGCUCACAAUGAACCGUUACGAAGACUGUUCGAAAUUUGCUUUAAAAGCUUACUUUACAGAGACACUGAGGAAAACUUGUGAGGAUUCUGUGAACCCCUUACCAAGUCCAUCUGAGUGGGACAUCCCUGAUGAUUUGAUGAUUGUGAAGCCACCCAUAAUGGAGAGACGUCAGCCGGGUAGGCCAAGAAACACUUGUCGUAAUCCGUCGCAAGGCGAGCAUCCCAUACGACAAGAAUGUUCUACAUGA